AUGAAUAUAAAUAAUGAUUUAAAUAGAAAAUUUUGUGAUUAUAUAACAGUUAAUUCAUCACCAAUAAAUGAAUCAUAUCCUGAAGCACGUCGUCUAUUUGCUGAUAUUCUUGUACAAGAUGUUUUUCCAAAAUUAAUUUCAAAAUUAAUGUUACAAGAAUUGAAUAAUGCAUUAGAUAUAUUCAUAGAAAAUGCUUGGCGUUUACCACAAAUUGAUUCAUUUCUGAAUUUAUUUUUUCUUGAAUCUCUUUGUUCAUCAACUAAACUUCAAUCAUCAUUUGAAAUCGAUGGACACGCGAACAUUAUUUCAUUUUAUUUAAAAAAUAAAUCAACUCAAUUUGAACGAGUUAAUCAAUUAAUUAAUAAUAUUGAUAAGAUAUUUUUUAUCGAUCAUAAUGUUCAGCGAAUUGUUUUACGUUCUCAGCAACAUCGAAAAUUCUUAAAUGAUUUAAUUCAAGAUGAUAAAUGUGUUGAUUUUGACAAAUUAUCAAAUGAACAAAGUAAACUUUCAACAAAGUUAAACUCUUAUACGAAAAAUCUCAAAUUACCUGGAUUAGAUAUUAAUUUAUUGAGUUAUUCUUUUCGUCAAUUGACUGGAAAACAACAAGAACAUAUUACAAAUAUUAUUUUAAACGAUUAUCUUCAAGAUAAGGAAAUAUCAAAUUUGGAGAAAUUAAAAUCCUUACGUGUUCUUCGUCGUUUAUCACAUACAUAUAAUAAAACUCUUGAAUGGCUUCAUAAUAGACAAGACUCUCCAUUAACAAUUAAGAAUUCAAAUGAAAAUACAAGUUUGCGUACACGUGGUGCUGCUGUUCAACCACUUGACGAUAUAAUUCUAUGUUUACCAGCUACAUUUGAUUUAAAUCAAGAAUAUUUAAUAAAACAUUUUGAUUUAUUAAAAACUAACUUAAAAGCAUCAAAUGCGAAAUUUAUUAGUGAUGCUAUGCUAAGUAUUUCACGUAAAAUAAGUGAUGAAAUAUUUUUAAAAUUAUAUCUUGAAUUUAUUCAGAAUGAACAAUUUCAAAAACUUGGUAUAACAGCAAAUAAAGAAAUUCUUCGUUUAUUAAUUCAAUAUAUAUCUUAUCCAAGUUUAAUAAAAACUAUCGUAAAACCUUUAUGGAAUAAUCGUCCUCAUCAAGAUGUUCGUGCAUGUCUUAUAUUGACAUUACUUCAUUUUAUUGGCAAAUCAAAUUCAAAUGACGAUGAUACGAUUAUUUGGGAAAUUCUUGAACAAGCUGCAGAUGAUGAUUAUCUUCCAGUUGUUGAAUCUUUAUUUGCUGCUCAUCGAGGAAAAUCUCGCUGGCCAUUAUCAAAAUUAAAAAAUUCAUCAAAUCACUUUUUUGAAACAUUUGUUAAUCGAAUACAAUUUAAAAUAUUAGAUCAUCCAACAUCGUUAGAAGCACGCUCAUGGGCAUGGUCGAAUAUUGAACAUGAAUAUUGUCAUACGAACAAACUAAUUGAAAAAGCUCAACAAAUAUGUAUUCAAUUUGAUGUUAAUGGAAAUGUUUUAUUUGGAGAAGCUUUUAAAAAAAUUAUUUUAUCUUUUGAACAACAAAAAAUAACUUCAUUUGAUAUAAUUAUUGAUAUUAUUAAAAAAAUAAUGUUAUUUCGAGAUGAACUUGAUUCAAAACAGAAUGCGAUUGAUAGCCAACAUGAUUUACCAGUUUAUCGUCGUAUUCAACUUAUUUUAAAUAACCUCGAUGGCUAUAUAGAUAAAUUUGGUAAUGAGAAAAAAAAAUUUGUACGUUCACUUACUUUAAUUGUUCUUCAAUUCGAUAAAACAUUAGCUCCUCUUAUUGGAAAAUUAUUAAUAAAAAUAGCUCAAAAUAAAGAAGAUAUUGAUGAUGGAUUAAGAAUUUUGCAAGAAAAUUUAUCUGAAAAUUAUUUCGAAAAAAUAUUAACAGAAUUAUCAAGUAUUAUUGAUAAGGAAGAAUCUUGUCCUUUUAUUCAACAAUUAAAUGUUGAUGAAAAACUUAAUUUAGCUCAAUGGUUUGUUAAGAACAGAAAUCAACCAUUAUUCGUUUUUGAUUUACUUACAAAUCAUGUAUUUAAUCAAUCUGGUGUCGAUCGAGAACAAUGUCAACAUCUUCUUCGACAUUUAAGACAAUCUGAAAAUUUACUUGUAAAAGAAAAAGCAAUGAGUUAUACUGUACCUUGGGUAGAAGAUAAAGACGUUAGUGGUGAUGAUCAAAUGAACGUUUCUGAAUAA